AUGGCCGCUGCUAUGGGGUCCCUCUUGCCUGCCCCGUCGGCUGCCCCCGACUAUGUGAAGUGGACUGCAAGCUCUGCAAGCCGUAUUGUGGUAACCUUCUCUUCAUUUCCAGUUCCUUCUCUUGCCCAUAUUGCUGCCUGUGACAAGCCCGGAGCAGUGUGUCAAGAUCCUCGGUUCAUAGGAGGCGAUGGCAUCACAUUCUACUUCCAUGGCAAGAAAGACAAGGACUUCUGCCUGGUCUCAGAUUCUAAAAUACAUAUCAAUGGGCACUUCAUCGGAAAAACCAGUCCCAAACAAAAGAGGGACUUUACUUGGGUCCAAGCAAUAGGCCUAAUUUUUGGCUCGCACCAUCUCUAUCUCGGAGCGCAAAAGGCUUCUAGAUGGGAUGAUUCCAUAGACCAUAUAUCACUCAGCCUAAAUGGAGAAGACAUUGAAAUUCCUACUCUCUUUGGUGCAACACACAUUCACAAAGAUGCCGGACUAAAAAUUUGGCGCCUUGAAGACACAAACUCAGUCAUAGUGAAUGCAAAGGACCAGUUCAAGAUAAAAGCACGAGUCUUGCCAAUUACUCAAGAGGAUUCGAGAACUCAUGGGUAUGAAAUUACAAAUGAAGAUUGUUUCUCCCAUUUAGAGGUGAAUUUCAGGUUCUAUAAUCUGAGUACUAAGGUGGAUGGAGUUUUGGGCCAGACUUAUGCUCCAGGGUAUCAAAGCAGAGUACUAGUGGGUGCAGCCAUGCCCAUAAUGGGAGGAGCCCGGAGAUUUGAGUCUUCACAUAUAUUCUCUACAGACUGUUUGGCAUCCAAGUUUGAGGAAGAAAUUGGAGAUAUGGGAAAGUGGAAACUUGAAUAACAGUGGAAGGUCACGCAAAGGCAAAGCAAUAAAGGAAAGCGCAUUAUAAUCAAAUGGACUAUGCUCAUGAUCUAUUGGGGCCAUCAUCAGGCAAUGAUUUGAUGGAAGGUGAUGGAGAGAGACAGGGACUGCUAUUAGGCCAUGUGAUAUUCUGAUGGGUCCCACGUCCUCUCCAUGUCUAUCCAUCAUUUCACCAAACAAUGAUGAUCCCAAUGGGCAAUGAGUAUAUGUCCAGUGGAUUAUAAGAUUAUUUCCUAAAAUUGGAGGGCCGCAUGGCGCCCCUGUUAGGGCAUUUCUUUGUGUCACUAAUAUUUGUAAGUCUAUGGAGAACUUGUUUAUGGCAUGUGUGUUCCUAAACUGCAGGAAAAUAAGUUAUGAUAACAAAUUCUCCAAUAAUCAUUUGCCAAGGCACAACUAUAAGAAUAAAAAUGAGAGAACACUAUCACAAUUGAAAAGUGUGCUCAUAAAACUUGAUGCAGUUUAUAAAUCUCGAUCAAGUCUGACAAUAGGAAAUUGGUAUGAAUUACAAUAAAAAGAAAAAAGGAAUUCAGUACGAAUCAAACAAUGACUUGUAGUUAUCAAAGGAAACUAAGGAAAGAGACAUCAAUGGCCUUGAAACCUAAUUUCUUACGAAGCAAGAAAAAGGAAAACAAAAAUGUUGGGGUCUGUUAGGUAUAAGGCAUAGAUAAGCUGCAUGGAAAGAUUGUUGCUUUAUGGGACUUGUCGUUCCAUCUCAGUAGAUAAGUAGCAUAUUUAGAAUACAAGGCCUAUUUGCUGUCUCAAAGAACCUACACUGACCCAUAAUUCUGAGUCAUUAGGAUGGUCUUAUUACCUAUUCAAAUGAUUUCCUCUGUACAUUGAUUAAUCCCAGAAUCUCAAAUGCUAUUGUCAAUAUAAUCUAAUGUAGCAAAAAAGAAAGAAAAACAUGUGCAGUUUGAUUGAAUACAUCAUAAAGAGCACCAACAAGAAUCUUG